CGAGCAGCAGGAUUAGCAGGGAGUGAUGUGAUCACAGCUCUCGUAUCUCCUACAACUCGAGGUUUAAGAGAAGCUAUGAAAAAUGAAGGUAUUGAAUUUUCUCUGCCUUUAGUAAAAGAAAAUGGCCGUAAGAAGAGAACAUCUGGAGCAAGCUUGGGAUACGGGGAGGAACAAGUAAUCAGUGAUGAGGAUGAAGAGGAAAGUUUUUCCUGGCUGGAAGAAAUGGGUGUGCAAGAUAAAAUUAAAAAACCAGACAUACUUUCUAUCAAGCUACGUAAAGAGAAACAUGAAGUACAAAUGGAUCACAGACCUGAGUCUGUUGUGUUGGUGAAAGGAAUCAAUACCUUCACAUUGCUCAAUUUUUUGAUCAACUGUAAGAGUUUAAUUGCUACCUCAGGUCCACAGGCAGGACUGCCACCAACCCUCUUAGCUCCUACAGCUUUCCGAGGUGCCACAAUGCAAAUGCUUAAGGCACGAAGUGUAAAUGUGAAGACACAAGCUCUUUCUGGAUAUAAAGAUCAGUUUAGUUUGGAGAUUACAGGUCCUGUCAUGCCUCAUUUUCUACAUUCUGUGACCAUGCUACUCAAAUCUUCACAGAGCGGAUCUUUCUGCGUAGGACUGUAUCCACAUGACCCAACUGCUGUAUUUAAUAUCUGCCUGCCAGUGGACAAAGUACUGCAUAAGGAGGUUGUUCAUAAGGAGCUUGCUAACUGUGGUUUACACCCUAAGACUCUGGAGCAACUUAGUCAAAUACCAUCCCUGGGAAAAUCAUCU